AUGGCAGACCAUGAUUUGCAUUCUAUCAUGGACAUCAUACCUACCUGCGUGAAGGAACAACAUAACAAAAUGUUACUCAGGACUGUGUCGCUGGAGGAGGUAAAGGCUGCAGUUUUUGGCAUGGGAGCAAACAAAGCCCCAGGGUUAGAUGGGUUCCCAUCUCUUUUCUUUCAAUAUUUAUGGGAUAUUCUGGCAAAUGAUCUAUGGGAAGUAGUGGAGGAUUCAAGAACAGGUGGUUUUAUCCUUAAGGAUUUUAACAAUACAUUCAUAGCACUGAUUCCAAAAAAGGAAAACAUAUCUACCUUCUAUGAUUUCAGGCCCAUCUCUUCGUGCAACACAAUCUACAAAGUGAUUUCUAAGGUGUUGUUCGGUGAGCGGAUGGAGGCCACAUUUACCUUCCAAAUGCAGAAGCAAGAGAAAGCAUUUUAUGGGCCAGUGGAAAAUCAAAGACUCAAGCUUCUUCUCAAAUGCCUAUCAAAGGAGGUGAUAAGGGCGGUGCAGGGGACACUGGGUUAUUUCUUCCAGCAAGCUACUCACCGUUGGAAAUGCAAUGUGGAUAUAGCUAUGAUGAUUUUGGCCUGGGGCCUGGAAUUAGGGAUUGUCGAGGAGGACAUUCAUUGGGUUAUGAAUUAUCUCUUUGAACAUGAGCUAAUAUCUGGAAUGGAUUCUAUUCUUUAA